AUGGCUAUCCCACCUACAGUUCGGCCCGCCAACGCUGUCGCAGCCGACGCGUCCUUAGCGAUGCCAGCGAUGCCAGCGCUGGAAACAGCAACGCCCACGCCAUCUGUGGUCGCUCCACCCUCAGCGCGUCGACGCGCCAAUCCGUCCGGCACCACCACGGCUCGUGUGCUACAGAACCACUAUCCACCCAAGCAGCUCGACGCCCUCGCCGACCAUCCCUCCUCUUCCGUUCCUACCGGUCUCGCAGUACGUUCCCCUAUCGUCAUCCGCCCCUCCGGUCGCCCCGGCUUCAGCGCACCAAAAGCUGCCACCUUCUUCCUCGGAAAGGACCACGAGCGAUGGAGGCAAUACGACAAGCAGCGCUUCUCCGGCCUCUUUAGCUGGGAGAGGGUCGCAAGUGCCAUCAGCAGCCGCAGCGGCCACCGCGGCAGCCGCGGCGCCUUCUCCUCCUACUCCUCUGGCUCCGAAGACGAUUACAGCGACAGUGGCACAUCCUACCGAUCCAGCCGCUCCCGGUCUUCACGCUACAGUGCCAGCGGUCGCAGCAGAAGGCCCUCCGAGGCCAUCACUCCGCCCAUGACGCCGCUCGAUCUCACCAACCCCUCCGCAAGACCCCGCCGCUUCUCUUCAAACGGACCCGAAGCUGCCUUCCAUCGUCACGAGACGGUCAUUGGCAUUCACACUCCCAGACGCCGCUCCUCCGCUUCCUCAGACGCUGCCCCCUUCCUUCGCCCUCUAGCCCAGAUCCACCCCGCCAGCGGCCAGACAAGUCGCGUCGAUGUGCCCACUGCCGAUUCCAAAGACAGCGACAGCGCAGAAGACAAACCGAAAAGGCACAAGCAGUCAACCUCUCCCCCACACGCCGAGCGUGCGUCCAAGAAGAAGGAAAAGACCAAGGCGAGCAAGCCGAGAUCGGGCCCGCACAAGAAGCGCACAAAAGACUCGCCACAAACCAAAAAGACCAAGCCUGCCCUCGCCACUCUCGACCUCGACGAGGCCGCUCGACCCCAUCUGCGCCGCUUAAGGUCCAACCUCGAAGAGGCUGCUGCUGCCGCUGCUGCCACCACCGAGCCAAGCACAGAUCCCGACGAUGCCGAAGAUGGUCUCGACGACGCCGUCGGCAUGCAGGCCUCGCUCUCCGAUGCUGCGCUCGAAGGCAAAGGCCCACUCAGUGCACAAGAUCUGCGUUCGAUCCCACCUUCACAGCGUGUCCCGGCACCUCGGUCCCCAAUCAUCAGAAGCACGUCACCACGCGCACCGCCGCUCAAAUUAGCCAAGCGCCAGACGCCUCAAACCGUCGAGGGAACGCUCUAUGACAAGACGGGCCCUUACCGCGAAGGCGCCGUCUCAGAUGGCUUGAGCGUACGACUCUUCAGCGCCGAGGCCAAACCACGCACCGCGUCGUUUGAGGACGCCGACCUGUCCAACUCGGAGCAUCCCGUCACCAAACCAUGGGGUCGCCGCGGAUCCAGCAGCAGCUACGACGACGAUGGCGACAACGCUGUGUUCAGGCAGUCGAAUCGUCGCAGAUCCAACAGUUCCGGCGCCGAGAACCUGCGUCAAUCGCCUAGACCGUCAUUUUCCGAGCCCAACGAAGCGCCGGCAGAAGCUGCCGCUACCGAUGGCAGCAGUCAGGUCUACCUCAUCACCACACCCGACAACCGUGUCUCGUCGGCUGCCAAGCUGCGCAGGUGGGCGAUGGACAGCGCCGGCAACUUUUACGCUGCCAUGGAAAUCAAAAGCAUCCAAGCCAAGCUUCGAGCCGCCGAUCCGUCGGCGGGCAAGGUGACCAAAGAGCUCACCAAGGAGCUCGAGGAAACCUAUCUCGACGACAUUCUGGAUGAAGUGCAGAAGGCACAGACGCUCAACCCGACGCGCACCGGCGCCGUCGCCAAGAUCCUAAAGACCGAGGACGACCGCUACAUCCGGCUGGAGGAAGAUUAUCCCGGCUUCUUUGUGAUCGCGGGCUGCGAAGAGGCUGAGCUGAACGGCGUCAUCCUCAACCUGUUCGUCCAGGCCAUCCGCACGCUGGCGCGCUUCCACGCAUCCGGCUGGAUGCACGGCGACGUCAAGCUCGAGAACCUCAUGUUUGACGAGAACGGCGCGCUCGUCGUCAUCGACUACGAGAACGCGAAUCCGUAUCGUGGUAUCCCGGGGGGCGAUGGACAGGUGCAGCUGGUGAGCUACGAUUGGAUCCCCCCCGAGGCGUGUCCCGGCCCGAUGGGCCGACGCAUGGGGCCAUCGGGCGACCUGUGGGCGCUUGGAUGCAACCUCAUCCGCGCGUUUGCGCUGCGUGAUGGCGUCGAGGAUGCGUGGAUCCGCGAAACGCUACUUGGGCGUGGCCAGAAGGCGUUCCUCGAUCGGAUCAGCCGUUUGGUCACGCGCAAGUCUCGAGCGGGUACUGGCGCUGGCGCUGCGAAUGCAGGCGGAGCCGAUUACUUUGCCGCACACGCAGGGUCGGAUGCUGCGAGCUCCGGCGUGGCUGGGAUGCCGUGGGAUCUGUUUGCGUACAAUGUGGACCUGGAGCCAUUGUUGAACGAUGCGCUUGCGGAGCCGGAGCCGUCGCCUGCGCUGUGCUCGCACGACGGUGGACACUCGGCAUGGGGCGUGGGCGAGAGCGGUGCAGAUGAUGCCUCGUCUUGUUGCGGCUCAUGCGUUGGCAGUGGCUCGUCGAGUGCAGCAGCAGCCGCUACGCCCGAAAGCUCAGUAGGUCCUUCGUCAGGCCGAACGUCGCCCAAGGUUGACGCGGUGGUUGGACUGCCGUCGCCCGCGCGAUUGUUGUACCGCUUUGCGCGGUCGGCGCCUGAGCUGCUUGCAUGGGUGCUCUCGCGGUGCGUGGUAGAGAGCAUCCCUCAACGCGCCAGUGUCGAGGCGGAAUUGGAGGGACUCAAGCUGGCGGAUUGGAUCGAAGAACACCGCAAGGAGAUGCUGGAAAAGGGCAACAACGCCGUUCAUGCUGCGAUCGAAAUGUCCGGCUCCGUCUGGGUCCGCCCCCGUCUAGACGAGGCGAGGAAGAGUCUGGGUUUAGAGUAG